CCAGAAGUGUUGGUAUAAAUCAUGAUUGAGGCAAAUCUAUCAGCAGUGUUAUCAAUGGUUACUCUGAAGUGCUGAUGUUCUAGUGGCUUUACUGUGCUUAAAAAUAAAGUUACCAUGUUUCUGCAGAACAGAAAUAACAGCUGCAAAAGGUUAACCCAGUAUAUCUUAUGCAUCUUUUAAAUGUGUGAUACUUCUCAAGUCUCCACCCUCACUUUAGAGACCAAAGAUUUGAUUCAAACUGAUUGUCCUUUUCUCACAAUUUUAAAAAUCACAUCUCAUCAAUUCUAGUGUAUAUUUUAUCUGUCAAAUACUUUCCCCCUGCAUUUCACAAUGAUUUUUCUGAGUUCCUGGUUGAGAACAAUAUAUAACUCUUGCUGUUUAAACUGCCUGUCUUCUUUGAGUUGAUGGCACACAUUUUCCCUUUGAAGAAUCUCUCUGUAUUAUGCAUGUUACUGUAUGCCAGAUCAGCUGAAUGGCAGUUCUGCAUCUAGGGUGGGGAGGGAAUUCUCUGAUUAUUCUACAUUGGAUAGUGUCUGCUGUUCUGUUUAAUCAGAGAACCUAGAUGGCCAUUGCCUGCUGUCAGAACCCUUUUUGUCUUGCAAGUCCCAGAGACACUAUUAAUUAAAAAAAAAAAAUUCUUCCCCUGCCAUGAUUCAGGUCGGGGAAAGAUCCCCAGUUCUGGGCCCCCGUCAGCCCCUCAACUUCCACUGCCUAAAUGGAGAAUAAACCUAACUACUACUCCUGCACAACCCCCUCACUCUCCAACUGCACACACUCCACACAGAUCCCCUACAUUCUAGCACAGCAGCACUGCCAGUACUCCGAUCUGGCACCUGGAUCUUCUUGGAUCCAGCUAUUUUUGGCCCUACCUGUGCAUUCCACUGUCUAAACACAGAACAAAUUUAGUUGUUCCCGCUCCCACAAAAAAAUCCAGAAAUCAGUGCCUCUAAGUGCAGUGCUGCAAAAUUCCAAAUCUGGAUCCUGUCAGAUAAAAUGUGAUCCAGGUUAUUCUAGUGUACUAGGAAAAUCUGCAUAUGUACUGAAGUUAGAUGGUAAAGCUAGAGGAAUGCAGCCUAAAAACUAUCCAGAUCCAGAUGUUAAUUUAGAGAUUUGGGUAGAACAGUAGAAGCAAAAUAUAAUCUAUUGCUACAAUUUCUGGUUUAUGGUCGAAAGUUGGCAGGCUCCAGAGCCUGGGUCUGAGUUUGUUGUGAUCCUGUUGAGCUGCAGUGUAGCAGGGUGGAUUCUGAAGGUGCGUAAGGAGCAGCUCCUCCUAGUCUCUUUUUAGACAGUGAACGUUGGGGGCUGGAGGGGGAGGGAAAGGGGGAGAGAGGAGGAUCCAGGUGUUGAGACUGCAGGUUGGUCGCUGCCUCGGCGUGCAAUGAUGCUUAACGCUCUAGGUCUUGUGUUUGUGCGCGGGCGCGCAAAUCGGAGCCCCUACACUUGAUCUCCCAGCAGCGGUAUUUGCACGGAAAGGGGCGGCUUACACUGGGAUACAUUAGGGCGAGGGGUUCUCCUUGGGGUCGGAGCCUUGAAGCGCCUCUUUCUCCAUGUAGACGGGGCGUGGCUUCUGAGCGCCAAAGCCGGCGGAUUCCGGCGGGAUCCAGCUUUUCCCGUUUUCCGCGGCGAGGGGCUUUUUGAAGGAGCCUGUCUCCACAUUCCUGAUUUGCUGGGAUAUUGUGGAGGGCUCCUCCUGGGCUGGGCUGCUGCUGCUGACGCGUGGCCGCGGCUCUGCUGCUGCUGCACGUCCCUCUGACGUGUUGGAACCAGACCUAGACCCAGCGGAGACCCGGGCUCCAGCUCGCUGCUGCUGCUGCGCCGGUUUGCCAAGCAUAAUCAACCAUGACUACACAAUCGGGAUCAGACUCUGAAUCCAAGGAUCAGGACCAAGACCAACAAGAAGCCCCUGCACAGCAAGGGACAGCUGGGGCACAACCUCAAGACCAGCAGCAGCAGCAGCUCAGUGAGGAACAUCAGAACGCAAUAGACCAGUUCUCUGCUGUGGCAGCACACAGUACGCCUGUGAAGAAAGAGCAGGUCACUGACAGAGAACGGGAGUUUGCUGCUGCUGCUGCAAAACAGCUGGAAUACCAGCAGUUUGAAGACGACAAGCUCUCUCAAAAAUCAUCAUCUAGCAAACUCUCCAGAUCUCCGCUAAAGAUUGUUAAAAAGCCGAAAAACAUGCAGUGCAAAGUGAUGCUCCUGGAUGGCUCUGAAUAUGGAUGUGAAGUGGAGAAACGUUCCAGAGGUCAAAUAUUGUUUGACAAAGUAUGUGAACAUCUAAAUCUUUUGGAAAAGGACUACUUUGGGCUAACAUACAGAGACAUGGAAAACCAAAAGAACUGGUUGGACCCUGCAAAGGAAAUCAAAAAGCAGAUGCGAAGUGGUGCUUGGCAGUUCUCCUUUAAUGUGAAAUUUUACCCUCCAGAUCCUUCCCAGCUGUCUGAAGAUAUUACCAGGUACUACCUCUGCUUGCAACUGAGAGAUGACAUAGUGUCUGGACGGCUGCCUUGUUCUUUUGUUACUCUUGCUCUUUUGGGGUCCUAUACCGUUCAGUCAGAACUUGGAGAUUAUGAUCCUGAUGAAUAUGGAAGUGAUUAUGUCAGUGAAUUCCGGUUUGCACCAAAUCAUACUAAAGAACUGGAAGACAAAGUAAUCGAGCUGCACAAGAGCCACAGGGGAAUGACACCUGCAGAGGCUGAGAUGCAUUUCUUGGAGAAUGCCAAAAAACUAUCCAUGUAUGGAGUUGAUCUACAUCAUGCCAAGGAUUCUGAAGGAGUUGAAAUCAUGUUAGGGGUUUGUGCCAGUGGUCUCUUAAUAUAUCGAGACAGACUCAGGAUAAAUAGAUUUGCCUGGCCAAAAGUUCUGAAAAUUUCGUAUAAGAGGAACAAUUUCUACAUCAAAAUCCGACCAGGAGAGUUUGAACAGUUCGAAAGCACCAUUGGGUUUAAGUUGCCAAAUCAUCGUGCUGCAAAGCGUUUAUGGAAAGUAUGUGUUGAACAUCACACGUUUUUCAGGCUGUUGUUACCAGAGGCACCGCCAAAGAAAUUCCUUACACUGGGUUCCAAAUUCCGCUACAGUGGAAGAACACAAGCCCAAACUAGACGAGCCAGUGCACUAAUAGACCGUCCUGCACCUUACUUUGAGCGUUCUUCCAGCAAACGUUAUACUAUGUCUCGCAGCUUAGAUGGGGCAUCAGUGAAUGAAAACCAUGAAAUGUACAUGAAGGAUUCUAUGUCUGCUGCAGAGGUUGGUACUGGCCAGUACGCCACAACAAAGGGCAUCUCUCAAACCAACUUGAUAACCACUGUGACUCCAGAGAAAAAAGCAGAGGAAGAAAGAGAUGAGGAAGAGGGCAAAAAAAAAGGAGAGGAAAUCACUCCAGUCUCUGCAAUACGCCAUGACACAAAGUCAUCUUUGCUUGGCACUGAUUCAUUUCAUUCCUCAUCAACCUCACAGUCUGGUCCCCCUGUAUCUUCAACAAAGCUUCGUAGGAGAUGUAAGGAGAAUGCUCAAAACCCGUUAAGUUAUGAGUCAUCUAAAGACAUUAUGCAAAUACACGGUGAGUCUGACUUAGACUCUGAUAGAAAAGGAAGAGUUUGCUCUGCUGAACAAGACAUGGCUUUUAACUAUAAGCAGAAAGCUGGUAACGGUGGAACACUGUUUUCCUUCUCCUUGCAACUUCCAGAGUCAUUUCCUGCUCUCCUGGAUGAUGAUGGCUACCUUUCCUUCCCUAACCUCUCUGAAACCAACUUCCUGCCUGAAAGUGUGCAGCAUUACCUUCCCAUCCGAUCACCAUCCCUCGUGCCUUGUUUCCUUUUCAUAUUUUUCUUUCUGCUAUCUGCCUCGUUCUCAGUGCCCUAUGCUCUCACUCUCUCCUUUCCUCUGGCUAUGUGCCUCUGCUACCUGGAGCCCAAGGCGGCCUCCUUGAGUGCCUCACUUGACAAUGACCUGAGUGACAGUUCAGAGGAAGAGACGGACAGUGAACAGACGGAUACUGCAGCUGAUGGUGAAACUACUGCCACAGAGUCGGAUCAAGAGGAAGAUGGAGAUCUCAAGGCACAGAAUAGUCUGAUUAAGCGAAUAAAGGGUGAAAAUGUGUAUGUCAAACAUAGUAAUCUUAUGUUAGAGGAGCUAGACAAAAAUCAAGAAGACCUGAUGAAACACCAGACCAAUAUAAGUGAACUGAAACGAACUUUCUUGGAAACCUCCACAGACACUACAGUGUCUAACGAAUGGGAGAAGAGGCUUUCGACAUCUCCAGUUCGGCUUGCUGCAAGACAGGAGGAAGCUCCAAUGAUUGAACCACUUGUGCCUGAAGAGACCAAAGAAGAGAGAGAAAAAUCUGAAAAACUUAUAUUUUUGCAGAAGGGAAGUACUACAUUCAUGGAGUCGCAGCCAAGGGAAAUAGAGAAGAAACUGCAGGAAGGAGAAUCUGCUGGCACUGUUGUUACUUCUCAUCAAAUCAUUUUCCAGAAAAGUGUUCCAUCAUCCUUAGAGGGCACUGAGGAUUGGGUUAUUGUAGACAAAAUACCUACUGAGGUAGUUGAUGGUGAAUCGAAAAAAAUUGUGACAUACAAAGUCAUGACUGUGCGCAGUAAAACUGGUGACAUUCCACCUGAGAUAUUAAAAUCCAGUACCAUUGAAAUGCAAAGCUUUGAGGACUUGGAAAAUGAAAUACAAUCAAAAGAGGAGAAUAAACAGAAAAUGUACACCUUAGGAAAGUCCUAUGACACUAUAUCCGGGAAAAUUGUAACCAUGACAAGUAAAGCUAAAGAGGGAGAGAAAACAGUGCAGUCAUCACUAGAAGCAUUUCAAAAAAUGGAGAGGGGAAUGCCAGAAUCUGUGAAAAUCAUUCCAGUAGUGGCUGAAUAUGAAAUUCUAGAGCCCAUCACAGACGAAAAAGCAAGGAGGGGAUCCGAUGUACAGAGUACAAAAAGAAAGCUGUCCGAAUCUUUAACACCUAUAAAGGAAGCAGAGUCUCAGUUGCAUAGUCCUGAAGAGGAAAGUUUGAAGAAAGCACAAAAGAUGGACCAGGAUUUUCAUGGUACACUGGGAGGCUUGCAGUUUGGCAGAGCUGAAAAACACCUUGACAGUGAAGCUCUGAAAGCAGGGGCAUUUGGUCGGAAAGAUAAGAGCCUGUCUGAGUGGAGAUAUUCCAGAGAACAGCCAUUUACCAUUGCUACUGCUCACUAUGUUUCUGAGUCGUCUGCAUCAAGAGUAGUGACUAAACAGUCCUCCAGUGAAAAAACCUUGGAUGGUUCAGAUAUCUUCAGUUUAUUAGAGUCUGCAAGAAAACCAACUGAGUUCAUAGGAGAGGUUACUUCUACUUCACAUAGCAGGGCUCAGAAAACGGAAACAAAGACCAGCCAGGAGAUAAGUAUCAGCGAAAUGAAGGAAGAGGUUCAGCCGUAUCAAGAUUCAGUGAAGAAGGUUGUGCAGGAGACUGUAGUGGUCGAGGAGAGAUAUGUAACGAAUGUGCAUGCAAGUGGAGAUGCUGUUAAAUUGGCUGGAGAUCAGCUGGAUGCUAUGGCACAGGCAGUAUCUGCUGUUGCUUCUAGUAUGAAAGGAAAGGAGGGUUCAGCUGUGACUGAGGGGACUAAAGAGGAAAAAAGGGAGGAGGCUGAUAAAGCUGUAACCAAGCGGGAAGGAAUUGCUGCUGCUUCUCAUCAGCAGGAGGAGGAGCAGAGUGCAACAGUCCACGUUUCCGAUACAUUGGAAAGAAAACCUCAUUUUGAGUCACCAGUUGUGAAGACUGAAACCAUCAGCUUUGGCAGUGUUUCUCCCGGUGGGGAGAAGCUUGAAAUGUCUACCAAGGAAGUUCCCAUAGUUCAUACAGAAACAAAAACCAUUACAUAUGAAUCAUCACAGGCAGAUUCUGGUGCUGACUCAGAGCCAGGUGUGCUGAUGAGUGCACAGACCAUCACAUCUGAAACUACCAGUACUACAACUACAACACAUAUCACGAAAACUGUGAAAGGAGGCAUUUCAGAGACAAGAAUUGAAAAACGAAUAGUCAUCACAGGAGAUGCAGAUAUUGACCAUGAUCAGGCGCUGGCUCAGGCAAUUAAAGAGGCCAAAGAGCAGCACCCUGACAUGUCAGUGACCAAAGUAGUGGUACAUAAAGAGACAGAAAUCACACCAGAAGAUGGGGAGGAUUGACCCACAGGAGUAAUUUAGCUUGCAUACGAAUCCAGUCAUGCACACCCUUAGGAAUACCAGAGCCUAUAUGGAGUCUCAGUUCUAACCUGACUGACUUGUAUCUGUCCAUGGAAAAUUUCAGUACCGAAGAAUUGAUCGUAAAUGCUAAUAAAGACACUGGCAGAGAUAUU